CCUCAUCUCGAUUCGAUCUCCAUGCUUCACAUCACAGGAAGAGCGUAAGCAAGCCUCUUCUCUUCUCCCUUAAGCCUCCACACACUUCGUGCGGUCGGCCAUGUGGUCCUUGGAGCAGCCUGACAACAGCCAUAAGAACAAGAGCAGCACCAACGGAAACAGUAACAGUGGCAACAACAGGGUGCUGUCUUCCUCCUCCUCCUCCUCCAGGUCUUCCCCUUCCUCGAACGCUUCUAUCCUCAUCCCCCAGACACCGAGGAGGAGGACCAUGGAAGAGGUGUGGAAGGACAUCACCCUCAACACCUUCCACCAAGAGAGGCCGAUCACUCCUCUGGACCACCAUAUUUAUCACCAUCACCACCAUGCGAACUCUUCGCCUUCCUUCAAGGGCAUGAUCCUGCAGGACUUUCUGACCGGGCCAUUGAACAGGCCCCUCCCCGUCUCGCAGACUGUCGUCGAGCAGCUGCCACUGCCACUGCCACCUCAUCCGUCUUCUGCCCUUCCCGAGACAGCCCUCAGCUUGAACUCCGGGUUGGAGUUCCAGUACCUGGGACCUGACGCCGCCAAUUCCCACUCCAAUUCUAGCUCCAGUGGCCACAACGCCUCCUUCAUCUCCUCCGCGUUCUCCUCUGUCGCCGUCGGUCCACCAUCGCCCACCGGUCUCUUCUCACUGUGCUCCAAGAAGCGGUUGCAAGAAAACCCCGCCAUCGGCGUCGAUCGUCACCACAAGCGAAUGAUCAAGAACCGGGAGUCUGCAGCCCGAUCACGCGCAAGGAAACAGGCAUGGAAUCUCGUACAUCCUCUUGACGGUUUAAACAGUUCAGCUGAAGCCAUCGAUCUUUUCGUGUAAGAAACUACGUUCUGGUUGCAGGCGUAUACCAAUGAGCUAGAGCUGGAGGUCUCCCAUCUGAAGGAGGAGAACUCCAAGCUGAAGAAGCAAUACGAGGAGCUGCGUUCGGCAAUCGGAAACCCACUGCCCAAAAGAAAUCCACUACGGAGGAGCACAACUGCACCAUUUUGAGAAAUGAGCCGGAGAAGGGGAACAUUUAGCUGCAGCAUAGAAUCCUCUUCCACACUCAUUCGACCGUUUCCAUCGUUGUUGUAUAUAUGCAUCUUGUUCUCCCCCUUGGCUUUUUCCUGAAACGAGAUAGUAUGAGCAGCAUUAUCCCAGUGCCUGUGCAGAAAUGGUAAAUGCCUCUUUGGACA